AUGAAUAAUAAUGAUGAAGCAAUAGAUGAUGAUAAUGAUGAUGAAGAAAUGUUAACAGAAAUGAUGUCCAGUCAAAUGUAUUUAACACCAUUAGAUGUAUUAAAACAUUUCGAAAAAAUUUGGACAAAUGAAAAAGAAGUUCUCACAAUUUAUUUAGCUGCUUUACGAUCACCACAACAUUCAAUAACGCAUGUUCAUAAUAAUCCAAUAAGUUUAUUCUUUUUUGAAGUUCUACCUGGUUUGCCAUCAAAAUUUCGUCCCAGUCGAACAUCUUUAACUAAUACUUUACGCGGUGCAACAAAUGAAGAAAAACUUAAUAAUCUUUGGCUCAAAAUGCAAAUUACUGUUAAUUCUAUAUUUGAUAGUUCAUUAGAUAAUCGAAGUGGUGCUCGAGUAGCCAAAGGUAUUCGACAAGGAAUUGAGAAAAAAGAAGGUUUAUUUCGUAUGCAUAUGAUGGGUAAACGAGUAAAUUAUGCUGGUCGAUCAGUCAUAUCACCUGAUCCAUUUAUUGCAAUCUAUGAAGUUGGAAUACCGGGAAAUGUUCAUCCUGGAGCAAAUUUUGUUGAACUUGACGAUGGAACAAUACGUCGUUUAUUACCAAAUAAUUUAUCACAACGAACUGCUGUUAGUAAACUUUUAUUAACAAGAGAAAAACAACAUAGUAAUACAGCAUUAAUGUCUACUAAAAGAGUUUAUCGACAUCUUCGAACUGGUAAUUAUGUUCUUGUUAAUCGUCAACUAACAUUACAUCGACCAAGUAUACAAGCUCAUAUGAAAACGGAAAAAACACAAAUAAAUUAUGUACGUUUUGCUCGUCAUCGAUGUUUAAUUCGUUCAUCUUUCCAUAGUUUGUUAUUGAUAAUCAUUUCAAGUUCAUUUGUUUGA